UACGUGACGUCAAACUCAUCAAACAUGGCUGACGAAGAAAACACAAACAUGGAAGUCGAUAAGGUAAAGAAUAAACCUUUUGCGAACUCAGUUAAGCCUCUCGUUGACGAGGUAAAGCAACGAAUAAACCACCAGAACGAUGUCAAAGUUAAGAAAGACGCUGGUGAAAGCUGUACCACAACAGAGUAUUGCGAGAAGCUGCAGGGUUGGAUGUGGCAGUACUACAGUGGAUAUGUCAGCUGGCAGAGCUGGGUGGCAACCAUGUCCUGCCCUUAUUACUUACAGUCUGAGACUGGACCGUCGACGACACCGCUUGAUAUCAACUCAAUGAACUGGUAUAAUGGUCCGUUUGGGCUUCCGUCGUCGAGCUAUCCACCUGCCGGCUCCUCGCGGGCAGGUGAAGCCGCCGGUGGGGCUGCGGUGACCGCUCAGCCGCAGCAGCGCCAGGAGAACGGAAAUGCACAGAGACCAGGUCGGGAGUAUAGCAUUCCUUCACCUCUCCAAAGACUCCUGGCUGAGGUGGUGGAUUUCUUCAUACUGUUUUUCAUCAAAGCAACUAUUAUCAUCAGUAUUAUGCAUCUGAGUGGAAUCAAAGAUGUUUCCAAGUUUGCCAUGCAUUUCAUAGUGGAGGAAAUCGAUGAGGACACAUCCAUGGAGGAGCUACAGAAAAUGAUGCUUGUUGCUCUUGUGUACAGGAUAUUAGUGUGUUUUUACGAGAUUGUGUGCAUUUGGGGAGCAGGAGGAGCCACACCGGGGAAGUUUCUUGUUGGACUCAGAGUUGUAAAAUGUGACUCAUCUAUUCUGGUUCAGCCUAACAGGGUGCUUGUAGUGCCCGCAACUAAUGUCUCUCUGUCUGCAUCAACUGUCCGAGCCUUGAACAAGAACUUUUCAAUUGCCUUCUUUUUCCCCGCCUUCAUCACACUUCUGUUUUUCCAGCACAAUAGGACUGUUUAUGAUAUGGUAGCUGGUACAAUUGUUGUCAAGCGCUCCAGAUGACGCAGGAGAAACCAGAAGAAAGUCCUACUCAGCAGGCACUGUGUGUGUUUAAAAAGACCUGCAGAACCCAGACCUCAGCCUUUCAGGGUAUCAGCAGAAAACACAGGAGCAUUAAGAUGAGAGUUGGAUACACAUAUGAACUAUUUCAGCUCCUUAAUACUUGGGUUUGGUUUAUCUCGGACACACACUGUAUUUCUGCAUGUAUUUUUUUACAUGCUGCUUUCAGAAACUGUUCCAUGUGCCAAGUUAAUGUCUACUUUGAAGACAGGAAUAAGGAUGGCAUAUGUCACCUUUUCAUUAAUACAACAUUUGCCUCUUUUUAAAUACUAAUCUUUCAGAUUAAGGGUGAAUGUCUUGUAUCAAGCAGUAUUGAAGUUGCUAACUAUUAAUUUAUGAGAUUAUACCGUCUGUAUCUAUUUGUAUUAAAACGUGUCUUAAGAAUUG